AUGGAGAUGGUGAUCCGGAAGCUGGAGCCCCAUUGGAGGGCUCAGGGCAAGGGUUUCGGCAUGGACGGUUUCUUCCUGUCCUGCGUCUGCUACGCGGACGACACUGUGCUCGCGGCGACGUCCAUGGAGCACAUGGAGGAGAUGAUCGCGGAUGUGGUGGCCGAGCUCAAGGAGAUUGGUCUUGGCGUAGGGCCGGAGAAGACGCACUGGACCAGCACCCCGCCCAGAGCCAGCCAGCAGCUGCACGUGAUGGGCGAGACGGUGGACUGGGAGGACAGCCGCAAGGAUUUCCAAAAGUGUAGGUCGAUUUUAACUUGUGGCUGGAUUCCGAAAGAGCGCCGCAUGGGGCUGCUCCCGAAGACGGUAAUGGCAAUGCUUCUUUUUUUUGGAUCUCGAGCACCUGGACGCCGACGCAGAGCCAUUGGAAUCAUAUCGCAAGCUGGAGCGCAAGGCGAGCGGCCAAGGUGCUGA